AUGAUGUACAACUCUGAAAGCAUACCUCGAAUCAGUAAAAAUGUUGGCUUUCCGGUUUUCGGCAAGCUUCAGAGUAGAAUCCACACUGGGGAUAAACCAUAUGAAUGCAAACAAUGUGGAAAGGCAUUCAGAUUGAGAUCCAGUCUUGCUCAGCAUCAGAGAAUCCACACUGGGGAAAAACCUUAUGAAUGCAAACAAUGUGGAAAGGCAUUCAGAUUGAGAUCCAGUCUUGCUCAGCAUCAGAGAAUCCACACUGGGGAGAAACCUUAUGAAUGCAACCAAUGUGGAAAGACAUUCAGUUGGAACUCCAGUCUUGCUAUACAUCAGAGAAUCCACACUGGGGAGAAACCUUAUGAAUGCAAGCAGUGUGGAAAGACAUUCAAUCUGAACUCCAAACUUGCUCAGCAUCAGAGAAUCCACACUGGGGAGAAACCUUUUGAAUGCAAGCAGUGUGGAAAGACAUUUGGUCUGAGCUCUCAUCUUGCUGUACAUCAGAGAAUCCACACUGGGGAGAAACCUUAUGAAUGCAAGCAAUGUGGAAAGACAUUCAUAGAGUGUUCCACUCUUGCUCGACAUCAGAGAAUCCACACUGGGGAGAAACCUUAUGAAUGCAAGCAAUGUGGAAAGACCUUCACAGAGUGCUCCACUCUUACUCGACAUCAGAGAAUCCACACUGGGGAGAGACCUUAUGAAUGCAAGCAAUGUGGAAAAACAUUCACAGAGUGCUCCACUCUUGCUCUACAUCAGAGAAUCCACACUGGGGAGAAACCUUAUGAAUGCAACCAAUGUGGAAAGACAUUCAGACUGAGAUCCAGUCUUGCUGAACAUCAGAGAAUUCACACUGGGGAAAAACCAUAUGAAUGCAAGCAAUGUGGGAAGACAUUCACAGAGUGCUCCACUCUUGCUGGACAUCAGAGAAUCCAUACUGGAGAAAAACCUUAUGAAUGCAAACAGUGUGGAAAGAUGUUCAGUUAUAACUCCAAUCUUACUCGACAUCAGAGAAUCCACACUGGAGAGAAACCUUAUGAAUGCAAGCAAUGUGGAAAGACAUUCAGUCGAAACUCCUAUCUUGCUGUACAUCAGAGAAUCCACACUGGGGAGAAACCUUAUGAAUGCAAGCAAUGUGAGAAGACAUUCAGUCGGAGCUCCUAUCUUGCUGUACAUCAGAGAAUCCACACUGGGGAGAAACCUUAUGAAUGCAAGCAAUGUGGAAAGACAUUCCGUUGGAGCUCCCAUCUUGCUGGGCAUCAGAGAAAUCAUACUGGUGAGAAACCUUAUGAAUGCAAGCAAUGUGGAAAGACAUUUAGUCGGAGCUCCUACCUUACUAUACAUCAGAGAAUCCACACUGGUGAGAAACCUUAUGAAUGCAAGCAAUGUGGAAAGACAUUCAGACAAAGAGCCAAUCUUGCUCGACAUCAGAGAAUCCACCCUAGAGAGAAGUCUUAUAAAUGUGAGCAAUGUGGAAAGACAUUCAUUCAUUCUGUAUACUACACUACACAUCGAAGAAUCCACAAUGGGGAAAAACCAUAUGAAUGCGAGCAAUGUGGGAAGACAUUCAGACAGAGAUCCAAACUUGCUGUACAUCAGAGAAUCCACACUGGGGAGAAACCUUAUGAAUGCAAGCAAUGUGGAAAGACAUUUGCAUGGAGCUCCAGUCUAGCUCUCCAUCAGAGAAACCAUAGAUUUUCACACACUCUCUCAUUGCUCAAAAUAAGACAAUUCACUCCAGUGUGCCAUAAGAUCUACUAA